AUGAAGGAAGGUCCCAGCGGGUCUUCUCCGGGCUUGACCUCGGUGACGUCUGUCGCCAAAACGGUCCGUCAGCUGCAGCGGGCGGCUUCUCGCCCAUGGAUCGAUGGACGGAUGCGUGCGCCCGGGCCAUGGAACGUCUCCUUCCUGACGUCUCUGCGUCCCUCUCGCCACGGCUUCUUCUCCCCCUUCUGCAGCAGGACCACUCCUCUUUCCUGCGACCUCUUCAAUUUCUCAUUCGAGAGCCAGGCCCCGCCUCCCCAUUUCGGUUUGUCCUUUUCGUGUCGAGAUCCGUCGAGCCCUUUUUUAUUGUUGUUUUCAAGCUUUUGAACCCUUUUCGAAGAGUUUGAAUCUUCUCGGACCUUGGUAAGGCAAAUCGCAAGUUCCUAGUGACUACUUUAGUAGCCUCAGCACUCUUAAGUGAUCCCUAGAAUCGCCCAGAAACGUCCGGAGCACGUCCGAUUUGCGUUACCAAUGUCCGAGUUCCUAAACUUUUGGAUUGAUGGGAUAAAAAUUUCAAAAUGAUGUUUUUUGGGUGGUAUGAAAAAAACACCAGCGAAAAUUCAAACGACGACUUUUCCGAUUUUUUCGUAUCGCUAGUGAACUUUCCGACGACCACCUUUCCGACGAAUCUUUUUCCGACUUUUUUCUCGAUAAAAUCUUCGUUUUAAAUAUUCCUACAUAAAGUAGGUAGUUGGUUGAUGAUUAAAACACAAAGAAAUAGGAAAAAAAAAUGUUAAUAGAUGUUUUAUAAACCGAAAAACUAUAAGGGAAAAAAGUCGGAAAGGGAUCCGUCGGAAAAGUGGCCGUCGGAAAGUUCUCUAGCGAUAUGAAAAAAUCGGAAAAGUCGCCGUUUGAAUUUUCGCUGGCGUUUUUUUCAUACCACCGUUUUUUGAGCUCCUUUUUUGGCAAGAUGUAAGGCUUCGGCUUUGAUUUUUUUCAUUUUAAAAUGGGAAUUUUUUUGGCCUGAAUUUUUUUAAAAAGAUGAAUUAUUCGAGCUUUUUUUGAAGAGUUGAGGCUAGAAAUCUGUAAAUUUCGGCAUUUUUUUGGAAGAAAACAGUUCAUUUUCCGAAAAUAUUGACUUUAUUUGCUUUUUUGUGAGUUUUUUCUGUAGAGAUAAGGUUCAAAAUUUUUUUUUUUCUUUUUUAAAUUUCAAAUAUUUUCUUGUAUUAAAUCUUUUUUUUUGUUUCCUGAAGGUCAUUUUUUUGAUUCACUCUUUCUUUAAUAUACUUUUUUUAAAUAAUUGCUGCGAUUUUCUGUUUUCUAUCCAUCUAAAACCUGUUUCGUUGAUCUUUUGGACAAUCUUCCUCAAUUUUUUUUUCAAUUUUUAAAAAAAAACUCUCGAAAAUUCCAAACUUUUCUCUCAUUUUCCAGACGUUCCAACCUUUUUGUUUAUUAAUUAGCCCGAAAAACCAAACCAGUCCCACACAUGUUGAGGAGGAAGAAGACCUCGGCACAUAAACUAUGAAAGCUUGAGAUUUUUCACACAUCCAUUAUAAUUUUCUCUUUUUGUCCCGUUCAGAACUUAUUUUUUGUCUUCUUCAAGGCGAUUUUGCAUUUUUCUUGUCUUUUUCCGUGGAAAAUGGUUUACUUGAGAUAUAGUCCAUUUACCGCUUGCCUAGGAUGAAAAGUGCUAUAGAGACGUCUAAGUCUCUCAUUUUCUCGCACUAUCUCGCUAAUUUUCUCAACACAACGGUGAAUGAACUAUAUUUGAAAGGGACGGAAAAAAAAAUCGUCAAAACGUGAUUUUUUUCCUUUUUUUAGCUUUUUCAUACCGUAAUCCAUUUUUUUGUUAAUUUUUUUCCACAUUUUUUCCGGAUGAUUCCUCAUAGUCCGUCUACUGGUAGCUUGAGAAAAAGUGCCAAAGUUCUCUAAACCUCUCAUUUUCGCACAAUCUCUCGCUAAUCCUCUCAAGACAUCGGUGAAUGAUCUAAAUUCCUGAGUUCCAAGAAAAAAAAUACUUAUUUUUUUAACAUAUUUCCUGCCCAAAAUCCUUCUAAUAACCAUAAUUGCCAGCCUCUAUCUUUGUGAAACCGGAUCGGGUCGGUCCAAUGAGUUCCCCAAGAGGAGGCGACCCUCAUUUUUACCAUCGGCCUGACCAUCUGGCGCCUCGUAACAGCUGA